CUGAAAUUGAAAAAUGUUCCACAAAAUAAAAAAAAGGGAGAGAGAGAGACGCUUUGCAGCUCAGCCCCAGUAGGAGAACAGCAGAGCAGAUAGCAGCCGUCCAAGAAAAAGAACACCCAUUCACGCCUUCUUUGCUUCUUAGCCCCAUCACUCAGAACCUUCUCUUUUUCACCAUAUCUACCUACGCCCACACAUUUUAAGCACAAAAAAAGAAAAUAAGCCCCCCAUUUCUUUUACAAAGUCUUCUUUUUUGUUUUGUUUUGUUUUUUUUUUUUUUUUUAAUUUUUAAUAGUGAAAAGCCUUCAAUCAUGGUCUAUUCGUGCUUGUAGUCUUGCUCACGACCCAGUCCCCUGCCCAAACUAUCUGUUGUCUCUGUUUUCUAUCUUUUGCGUGGGUCUUCCCAUUAAGUACUACGACUAGGCAUAUGGACAUUUGGAGAGCAAAGCCACGAACUUUGAAUUGAACAAUUCCCCAAUCACGUUCUAACAAAAGUUGUUUCCCUUUCACAUCAGAGAUCUGAAAUAAUACUCUUUGCGUUUUAUAAACCCAGGAUCUUUUAGUUUCUAUGAUAUGGCAUCGAGGUCAUUCAGGGCCAGCCGAUCAAAUCUAUCAGCAACUUCCGACACUCUUGAUGGGCAAAACAAGCCUCCACUGCCUCCGACCGUCACGUUUGGCCGGAGAACUUCCUCUGGUCGCUAUGUCAGCUACUCGAGGGAUGAUCUAGAUAGUGAACUUGGGAGCACUGAUUUCAUGAACUAUACAGUCCACAUUCCACCAACCCCAGACAACCAACCAAUGGAUCCAUCAAUCUCACAAAAGGUUGAAGAGCAAUAUGUUUCAAAUUCUCUCUUUACAGGUGGCUUUAACAGUGUUACUCGUGCUCAUCUCAUGGACAAGGUAAUUGAAUCUGAAGCAAGCCAUCCUCAGAUGGCAGGGGCAAAAGGAUCUUCGUGUGCCAUUCCUGGUUGUGAUGCAAAGGUGAUGAGUGACGAACGCGGUGUUGAUAUUCUUCCUUGCGAGUGUGACUUCAAAAUAUGCCGGGAUUGCUAUGCAGAUGCAGUGAAAACCGGGGGUGGAAUUUGCCCGGGAUGCAAGGAACCGUAUAAGAACACAGAUUUGGAUGAAAUGGCUGUGGAUAAUGCACGACCACUGCCGCUUCCUCCUCCAAGUGGGAUGUCUAAGAUGGAGAGGAGGUUGUCACUGAUGAAGUCAACAAAGUCGGUUCUAAUGAGGAGCCAAACUGGAGACUUUGAUCACAACCGGUGGCUGUUUGAAACCAAGGGAACUUAUGGUUAUGGAAAUGCCAUAUGGCCCAAGGAAGGGGGUUUUGGAAAUGGGAAGGAUGAUGAAGUUGUUGAACCAACAGAGUUGAUGAACAAACCAUGGCGACCACUUACACGCAAGUUGAAGAUACCUGCUGCUGUUCUGAGCCCAUAUAGGCUUCUAAUUUUUGUUCGCAUGGUUGUGCUUGGGUUGUUUUUGGCUUGGAGGGUUAAGCAUCCCAACAAUGAUGCAAUAUGGCUUUGGGGAAUGUCAGUAGUUUGUGAGAUCUGGUUUGCUUUUUCUUGGCUGCUUGACCAAUUGCCCAAGCUAUGCCCAGUAAAUCGUUCAACAGAUCUUAACGUCUUAAAAGAUAAAUUUGAAAUGCCUAGCCCCAACAACCCUACUGGAAAAUCUGAUCUUCCAGGCAUUGAUGUCUUUGUCUCUACUGCUGAUCCUGAGAAAGAACCACCACUUGUUACUGCAAAUACUAUCUUGUCCAUUCUUGCUGCUGAUUUCCCAGUUGAAAAGCUUGCUUGCUAUGUUUCUGACGAUGGUGGUGCACUACUGACCUUUGAGGCAAUGGCAGAAGCUGCAAGCUUUGCUAAUAUAUGGGUCCCGUUUUGCCGUAAACAUGGCAUUGAGCCCAGGAAUCCUGAAUCUUACUUCAACUUGAAGAGGGAUCCCUACAAGAAUAAAGUACGGCCUGACUUUGUUAAAGAUCGCAGAAGGGUAAAACGUGAGUAUGAUGAGUUCAAGGUUCGGAUCAAUGGACUGCCUGAUUCUAUCCGCCGUCGGUCAGAUGCUUAUCAUGCUCGUGAGGAGAUUAAGACUAUGAAGCUUCAAAGACAGAACAGGGACGAUGAACCUGUGGAGAGUGUCAAAAUCCCCAAAGCAACAUGGAUGGCUGAUGGAACACAUUGGCCAGGAACUUGGUUGAACCCUGCAUCUGAACACUCUAAGGGUGACCAUGCUGGUAUUAUACAGGUGAUGUUAAAACCUCCUAGUGAUGAACCACUACUUGGAACAGCUGAUGAUUCUGGGUUCAUCGACCUCACUGAUGUUGAUAUUCGUCUUCCCCUGCUUGUUUAUGUAUCUCGAGAGAAGCGCCCUGGUUACGAUCACAACAAAAAGGCAGGGGCCAUGAAUGCGUUGGUUCGAGCCUCUGCCAUCAUGUCUAAUGGCCCCUUCAUUCUCAAUCUUGACUGUGACCACUAUAUUUACAACUCUCAGGCAAUGAGGGAAGGCAUGUGCUUCAUGAUGGAUCGUGGAGGUGACCGCCUUUGUUAUGUCCAAUUCCCUCAGAGGUUUGAGGGCAUUGACCCAUCUGAUCGAUAUGCCAAUCACAACACUGUUUUCUUUGAUGUUAAUAUGCGAGCUCUUGAUGGGCUUCAGGGUCCAGUCUAUGUUGGAACUGGUUGCUUGUUUCGUAGGAUUGCCCUUUAUGGCUUUGACCCACCUCGAGCAAAAGAGAACCACCCAGGUUGUUGCAGCUGUUGCUUUGCUCGUCGCAAAAAGCAUACCUCAGUUGCUAAUACCCCUGAAGAGAACCGAGCAUUAAGAAUGGGUGAUUCAGAUGAUGAGGAGAUGAACCUGUCUUUGCUACCAAAAAAGUUUGGGAACUCAACAUUCCUUAUUGAUUCAAUUCCAGUGGCAGAGUUCCAAGGUCGUCCCCUUGCUGACCACCCAGCUGUGAAGAAUGGACGCCCACCUGGUUCUCUCACUAUUCCUCGUGAUCUUCUUGAUGCAUCAACUGUUGCUGAGGCUAUCAGCGUCAUUUCCUGCUGGUAUGAAGAUAAGACGGAGUGGGGACAGCGUGUUGGGUGGAUUUAUGGAUCUGUUACUGAAGACGUGGUCACUGGGUAUAGGAUGCACAACAGAGGAUGGAAAUCAGUUUACUGUGUCACAAAGCGUGAUGCCUUCCGAGGAACAGCUCCAAUUAAUCUUACUGAUAGGCUGCAUCAGGUGCUUAGAUGGGCUACCGGUUCAGUUGAGAUUUUCUUCUCCCGCAAUAAUGCCCUCCUGGCCACUACAAGGAUGAAGUUCUUACAAAGGAUUGCAUACCUUAAUGUUGGUAUAUACCCUUUCACCUCCAUCUUCCUUAUCGUCUACUGCUUCCUACCUGCCCUUUCUCUCUUCUCUGGUCAGUUCAUUGUGCAGACCCUCAAUGUCACAUUCCUUACUUAUCUCCUCAUCAUUACUUUAACUCUAUGUAUGCUUGCUGUGCUUGAGAUCAAAUGGUCUGGCAUUGAAUUAGAAGAAUGGUGGAGAAAUGAGCAGUUUUGGUUGAUAGGAGGGACUAGCGCCCACCUUGCUGCUGUGCUUCAGGGUCUAUUGAAAGUUAUUGCAGGGAUUGAAAUCUCUUUCACCUUAACAUCAAAAUCAGGUGGUGAUGAUGUGGAUGAUGAGUUUGCCGAUCUCUAUAUAGUCAAAUGGACAUCCUUGAUGAUACCACCAAUCACAAUCAUGAUGGUCAACUUGAUUGCAAUAGCAGUUGGGUUUAGCCGAACUAUCUAUAGUGUCAUACCCCAAUGGAGCCGUUUAAUUGGUGGGGUUUUCUUCAGUUUCUGGGUUUUGGCACAUCUCUAUCCUUUUGCCAAAGGAUUGAUGGGAAGACGAGGGAGGACACCCACCAUUGUUUUUGUAUGGUCGGGACUCAUUGCAAUCACCAUAUCUCUUCUCUGGGUGGCAAUCAACCCCCCUUCUGGUACUAACCAAAUUGGAGGUUCAUUCCAAUUUCCCUAGUAGGUCAUUCUUCGUUUAUGUUAGGAUUGAUUCUGUCAGAGACAUUCCUUCAUUCAUUCUCCUUUCCAACAAGUCAACUGGUCUGGUGAAAGAACUAGGCCUGCUGUUUCUUGUGGCCAUUUGAGUUUUGUUUUUAGCGGUAGUAGCUUUCAGCAAUUGAAAACCAAGUUUAAAGGAUGGUUGGGACCAAGACAAUGGGAAACUGUAUCUUUCCUGGCAUUUUGUAUUGUAAUAUAAUGCCUUGUAUGGAUUUAUUUUGAACUUCUUCUUUCACAUAGAGCAUUUUCCAUGUUAGGAUUGUGCUUAGAUUUAUUCAUUUGUAAUUGACAAACCAACUUCUAUUGUGUCCCUUUCAAU